UUCAUUACUUACUAUUUAGUAUGUAAAAGGUUUAUCUUUUAUUGCAAUAUUUCUCAGCGUAUUUGCAUCAAGCCGUGUUUGCUUGUUUGUUUGCAUUCAUUUGCAUAAAGGCGGGGUUUGCGAAGGCGCGCGCGUGAGUAUCCCGUUGCCGUGACGACCGGGAAAGCGUGCCAACCGCGCGCUCGCGCAGGGGGGCAGCACCAUCAGCAGCGGCGGCAGCGCGAGCGGCAGCAGCGAUGUAUAGCGGUGCAGCGGGAGCGCGCGCACAGACCGCGGAGAGAGAGAGCGCGCGCUCCGAAUCCACUCAGGCUGUGCCUCCUCGCGCAGCGAGCGGCGCAUCAUCACGGACCGGAUCUCUGCGGCUCCUGUGUUUAUUUUUUGUACCCCUGAACUCGCGUUUUUUUUCAGAGCGAAUCCGCGCACAAAAGUGAGAGAAUUUUUUAGGAAACAGUUUCGGGACGGUUUGCAAAGCCACUCGAGCGCUUUUCAUCACCUUUAUUUUGAGCACGCACAUACUUUUUUCCCCUCCUCUUCUCUUCUCUGUCUUUCUCUUGGAUCUAUCGCCGCGUGUUGUGUGCCGUGAUGUCAGUGCGGAGGAACGCGUGCUGCUGGUGCCACUUGCACGCGACCCUGUUCCGACUGCUGUGUGUUCUUCUGCCCGCAGGCUUUCCCGCACGGAGCGUGGACGUUCAGCGCGCGACGGACAACAUCACCGUGCGCCAGGGAGACACAGCCGUCAUCAGGUGUUAUGUAGAUGACAAGGUGUCCAAAGUGGCCUGGCUUAACCGCUCCAACAUCAUCUUCGCCAGCGAGGACAAGUGGUCCCUUGACCCCCGUGUGGACUUGGUGACAAAGGGCCAGCUUGAGUACAGCCUGCGCAUUCAGAAGGUGGAUGUAUAUGACGAGGGGCCCUAUACCUGCUCGAUCCAGACCAAGCAGCAGCCCAAGACCUCACAGGUUUACCUUAUUGUACAAGUUCCAGCCUUAAUUUACAGAGUGUCAGAGGACGUAACGGUGAACGAAGGCAGUAACGUCACCCUAAGCUGUCUUGCUAAUGGUCGGCCCGAUCCGUCCAUCACCUGGAGGCUGCUCAACCCAUCAGCUGAGACCCUGGACGUGGGUGAGUAUUUGGAAAUUUCCGGCAUCAUGCGCACUCAGGCCGGCCGCUACGAGUGUAAGGCUAACAACGACGUCGCUACACCCGACGUCAAGUACGUCAACGUGGUCGUCAACUAUCCACCUUUUAUUAAAGGGGCUAAGAGCUCGGAGACACAGGUGGGACGUCCCGGAGUUCUGCAGUGUGACGCCACAGCAGUGCCCAAACCAGAGUUCGAGUGGUACCGAGACGACAAGAGGCUGUCGAACAUGCAGGGGAUUAGUAUCCACAUCAUCGGCUCUCGCACUGAGCUCAUUGUGGCCAACGUCACAGAGGACGAUUACGGAAACUACACCUGCGUGGCCACCAACCGGCUGGGCAUACACAAUGCUAGUGUGUUUCUCUACAGACCUGGAACCGGGCGGGACAUCAAUGGCUCUGCCUCUGUGUGUCAGUCAUUGUGGCUUCUCCUUCUGCCCCUCCUCCUGCCUCUACUCAAGUGUUAAUGCUUAGCGCUGCACUCCUUCACCACAACGCUCCUUAUCCCGCUCUUCUUCAUUCCUCCUCUCACUCUAACUCCCGCCUUCUCCUCUCUCCGUCAGACUGUUUGCAUUUCCAUUCAGUAUAAACCGUGCCUCCUUGCACGCAAAUCUAGGUACACUUCCGAUUACAAAAGUUGAACAGAACGGGCUAGUCGUGUGCUUUAGUGUUGAAAUUUUCAAAAUGAGAAUGGAUUACCAGACCUGAAAAGAAGCAGCAAGAUGCUCUUUCUAUGAUAAAUUGUUAUUAUUUACUUGUUUUUUUUUUGUUUUUUUUUUUACUUUGGCUUGUUUUGUUACAUUCGCAAAAUCUAGCGAGAGCUAUAUAACGCUAACGGCAACGAAAUCAACCAAUUCGUUGAAAAAGUAACACAUACUGAAGGGAAUUUCUGGAUAAAUUGAUUCUAGUCUGUGUCGAAUGUGUACCAUGAAUGUCUAGCGUUAGACUUAGCAACUAACACUUAGCAUCAUUGUCUGGAAAGUAGCCAGUCAGUAACUUUUUUGGAACCUUUUGAAUCUUUGCAAAAUACUAUAAGAAGCACUCGGAAUGUCUCCUGGACUUUAUUAGCACCUCAUUCAGUUUGGGCUUACCAGCUAGCAGAUAUAUAUAUACGUAAUGCCUGACUCUAAAAGUGCUAAAAGGUAAACUGUAAGCUAACAGUGAAAAAUCUAACAAACUAGUCAGGAAUCUUUGUAUACAGCAGGCCUGUGAAAAGCUCUGAAAUAAAAACAUAGUGAGACCUCACUUCCUGUUAGCAAACUCAAAGUUAGUGAGGGAGCGUAGAUAGCUGCUGUGUAAUUGAAGCGGUUGAAUUUAAAAUGAAUGAACAAAUUUGGUUUGUGAGAGCAACACAUCCUCCACACUAUGACCUCACAAUUCACAAAUCCCUGUGUGGUGACUGUGAAAAAUGAAAUGUUAUAAAUGAAACGGUCAAUAUUAGCGCUUAGCAAGCCAAGGGUCUGAGGUAUGUUUUCAUAUGAAAUGGCUCUUGCUAGAAUUCCCACAGGUGAGAGUUUUAAUUAAAAGGGAAUCUCUUGUUGCACUACUUGAACAACAGAAUCAAAAACUGAGGGUGUGUGCCGAGAGAUGAUCGUUGUUAUUAUUUUUAUUUUAUUUUUGUUGUUGUUGUUUUACUCCACAUGUAAAACAAGUUCUGUUCUGACAUGUUGGGCGUCACUUUAAUGAAAUCUCAUUAAACCAUAUUAACCGUGUUUCUGCGGGGGGAAAAAAUGUUCCAUCACUUUACUGUGUCCAUUUGUGGAAAACGUACCAUACUGCUAAUCUGUGUGAGACUUUUUUUUUUGGACUGAAAUGUACGACACCAAUGAAUGCUCUGCUUCUUCUUCUUCUUAUUAUUAUUAUUAUUAUUAUUAUUAUUAAUAUUAUUAUUAUUAUUAAAAUAAUUCUCAUUUCUUUUAUGAAUUUUUCAAAUGGAAGCUCACAAAGCUGUUUUUUCUUUUUUUUUUUCAUUCAAGAUUUCAAUUAACGUUGUAUAUAUGUACUUGAAUCCAUUGUCCUUAUAUAUAAUUAUAUAUAUAUAUAUAUAAAUAUAUUAUUAAAAAAAAAUGAAUAUAUUAUGUCCAUGUUUCUUAAUAGGCUAGUGGAUUUGUCGAGGAUUAACUUGUAGUGUUGCAUCUCGGUGCACCCUGUAAGUAAAAUCGAUUAGGAGACAAAAAGAUUUUAAAUAUCGGGGGAAAAAAACAACGCGUUACUGUAACCUCUCGGGUGAAAGUUAGAGCAACUGUACCUUUGCGCUGAUCUUCAUAUUUUUCGUUUUUUUAUAUAACUUAACGAUGAUUCCAGUACAAAAAUGAGAAAAGCUAUGCGCUUGUUGCCAAAAAAAGUUUUUAAAAAUAAAUAAAUGAGGAAGCUGCAGUAUUGUGCCAUUUAAGAUGAAUUAUAAUGUUUGUUAUAAAAUUCUUUAUAAUUUCACUUGCUAGGUUUAUGUUAAGGCUACGUUUGGCAUUUUGUUUAAAUGCGACAUGGUUCUCCAUCAUAUUUGUCCACCUUGUAGAUUCAUUUAAAAAUCUUCGUAAAGUUACGAAGGAUGCUCGAUUUUUCUCCUUGACUUACGAUGUGCUUACACUGCGAGCCCCGCCCACAAUUGUGAUUGACAGCGCCAUCAGCCAAUGAGCUGGGUCGAUGCCUUGUUAAAUCUACAAACAUGUCUCUGUCCAAAAUGCUAGAAUUCAUGACUAGUUAGCAAAACUCCCCCAAAACCAAAACAACUCGUUACAAAUGGUGCCACGUUAACUAACUGUAGCUACACAGCUAUGUUAUCUGUAUUUAGAGGUCGUAUUUGUUAAGUUUCCCUUUUUUUUUUUUUGCAAGCAUUUAUGUGGUAGAGCGCUAACUCAUGGGUUACUAAACUAACAGGCGAUUAGCUAGCUACUACUAUUACUAACUAUGUUGGACAAUUCUAGCAUUUGGGAUACAGCCAUAGAACUGUGUGUGAUUGAACUUCUUCACAGUUUAGAGUAGGCGAAGCUAAUCAUAAAGGGCUAGUGAUUCCCUUUAGGCUAAAUUUUUUUCCCUCCCGCAAAAUAUUCAAACGAUUGCUUUACCUGAAUAAUUCCACAGUAUAUGUCCUCCUACUCUAAAAUGUGACUGUUUUGCGUCCCACCUGUUGAAUGCUGAUGUGCAAAUGUGUGUAUAUGUUUGAGUUUUAUGUGAAUGCACAGACUUACACAAGUUACCAGGUCCAGCUAACAAACAGCUGCCUCACGUGUUAGCCUUUCACGCCCACAUAACUAUGUUUUCCUGUACAUUUUUUGGUUGUUGUUUUUUUCCCCAUACGUAUCUGUGAAGUUUACACCCUCAUUACAUCGCAGCAACAUUUUGUAACAGCUUUGUUUUGUUCCAAGGUUACUGCAAUCAAUUUCUUAAAAAUCGUACGUACUGUAAAAGUACCGAUGAAACGUUCAGAAGCUAAAUAAAGUCAUUUGAAUUUGA